AUGGACGUUCAUAAUGCCUUUCUUCAGGGUGACCUUGAUGAAGAAGUUUAUAUGCUGCCCCCUCCGGGUUAUCGGCAAAAGGGGGAGACCUUGGUUUGCCGCCUACAUAAAUCACUUUAUGGGCUCAAGCAGGCCUCUCGUCAAUGGUACUCUAAAUUCUCCGCUGCCCUCUGCGAUUUCGGAUUUUGUCACUCUGAGUCCGGCCAUUCUUUAUUUUAUCUCAAUCGUGGUGCGGCUUCGGUGUUCAUCAUCCUCUAUGUUGAUGAUUUGGUUAUUACAAGGUCAGAAAUCAGCCUGAUUGAGGAAGUCAAGGCUAUGUUACAUGCCCGUUUUCACAUUAAAGAUCUUGGCACCCUCAAGUACUUUCUUGGCAUUGAGGUUGCCCGUUCAGCCAAUGGCCUCACCCUCAAUCAACGCAAAUAUGCACUUGACAUUUUGAAAGAUUGUGGUCUUCUUGGUACCCGCCCUAUGGACACUCCCAUGGAGCAGAAUUUAAAGCUUGACAAUGAGUUGGGUACUCUUCUUUCCGAUCCAUCCUCUUAUCGGCGAUUGGUGGGUCGUUUGAUCUAUUUAACAGUUACCCGCCCCGAUAUCACCCAUGCCGUGGACAUCCUGAGUCAAUUCAUGCAUCAACCCCGGCAGACCCAUCUUGAUGCCGCCCAUCGGCUUCUUCGUUACCUGAAGGCUACUAUUGGGCAAGGUCUUCACUUCUCUUGUAAUUCUACACUUGAGUUAUGCGCAUAUUGUGACUCUGACUGGGCCAGCUGCCCCAUGACUCGGUGCUCCACCACUGGCUAUUGCAUUUUUUUGGGCGACAGUUUAAUCUCAUGGAAGACCAAGAAGCAACACACCAUCUCUCGAUCUUUGGCCGAGGCAAAAUAUCGAGCCAUGGCAGUGGCUACUUGA